ACGUUCCCAACGGACAAUUUGUGGCCAAGAUGACGCAACUUUCGAGUUUCUUGAUUUACUGUUCGAUCGCCUUGAUCGGUUUGAACAAUUGCAAUGCCAUCAAAAUUGAUGGACGCAUUCUGGGCGGUGAAGAGGCUGAUGCCAAUGCCACGCCCUAUGCGGCCUCAUUGCGAGUGGAUAACGCCCAUGCGUGCGGAGCAUCCAUUCUGGAUGAGACACAUUUGGUGACGGCAGCUCAUUGUCUCUAUCGUAACGCUCAACUUAUUGAUGCCUCCCGCCUUUCUAUACGUGUGGGCAGCACCAAUCAGUAUGCUGGAGGACGCAUCUAUGCCAUAUCCAAGGUCACACCUCAUCCCGAUUUCUACAAGCUCACCAAUAAUAUAGCCGUAAUUACAACAAGUGAACCUCUGGCAUGGACGACACGCAUCCAGCCAAUUGCAUUGCCCAGCAGCGAUUCGGAAUUGCCCCAAGAGGGCGAUGAGGUAAUUGUGGCCGGUUGGGGUACCACUGUGGAUGGCUCCACCUCGUACAAGAUUCGCGAGAUAGCCCUCACAUACUCCUCCAGCGCGGUGUGCCUGGAUGCCUACAGUGAUCAGGAUAGUCGCAGUUUCUGCCUCUCGCACGCCUUGAAGGAGGGCACUUGCCAUGGCGACGGCGGCUGUGGCGCCGUCUACAACAACGAACUGGUCGGUCUGACCAACUUUGUGGUGGGAGCCUGUGGCUCACGUUAUCCCGAUGUCUUUGUCAAUGUUCGCAGCUAUUUGGAUUGGCUGAAUGAACAACUCGCCGCCUAAUUUGUCACUCCCUUUUGUUAUACCUUUUUGUAUUUGUUUAUAAAAUGCGAGUAAAUCGAUUAAUGGAA